AUGCUUGGUCAUCCACAGCUUGGCUACAUGCAGCGACCUGAACUCUAUGGGGCUUCAUAUGAUCAUGGCGGGGAACGCUUUAGCCGGGAAAGAGGAAGAAUGCUCGCAGAAUUGCUCAGACGAAGACAAGCCGGAUUUAUGGGCGGUCAGCAUCCGGGUUUCGAAGGCAUGGGAGGCCGUCAAUCUCCAUUCCUCGGUGGACAUGGUCUGAGCCCAAUGAUGGGCGGGCAUCCACCGCCUAUGACCAUGGCACCGUGUAUGGGCAUGGGUCCGGGUAUGGGUCCGGGUAUGGGAAGAGCACACAUGGGAAUGGGCAUGGGGCUGGGCAUGGGGCUGGGCAUGGGUGGUAUGGGUAUGAAUCCUCACAUGAGCUUUGGCCUUGGACGACCCCCACUCAGCCCCUCACCGUAUGGGCGACAAAGACCAUCUCCAUUCGGAUACGGUUCGCCUGGACCACCACGAGCGCAUUCCUUCGCACCACAGCGGCGGCGUGCGCACCUUCCACUCUCCCGCUCUGGUCGCAGUCAUUUCGCUCCAUAUAGAAUGUACGAUGACGAUGGCGAUUACGAGGAUGAUGAGUACGAAGACGAAUACCGCAUACCACCACCAGGACACAAUGUCGGGGGUCGAAUGAGAGGCCAGCCUUGCAGAUACAUGGCUCCUCCCUCGAGAAGAAGAGGACAUCCAAGGCGGAUGUUCGAAGAAUUAGAAGACGAGUAUGACGACCACGAUGAUUAUGAGGAUGGUUUCGAUGACGAAGAUGGGUUUGAGAGUUUGUUUUCCAGACAGUCGCCUCGCAUGUGGUUGCGUGGUGGCUUUUAG